GUCGGCAGCUGGCUGCAGUUCGACGUGACUUGAGCAAUCGAGAGACGUCGCACAGGUCCGAUGUGCAUUGGCUGAACUCUUUAUGCAACGACUGCAAGACGGACUUCAACGAUCACAGCUUGCCAGAUCCCGAUAUCGUGCGUCGGAAUCGAUGCUUCCUGGAAAUGUGCAUCGGCAAGAACAACUUCGAGAAAUUCAAGCAUGAGGUUGAUGACCUUACGUGCUUGGAUUCUGGGCGUUUACCGUCAACAGUGCCGACCGACUUUGUGACGCAUCUCUUUUGGGCGUUGACUGAAUUGUUCCACAUGAAGAUGCAACUGCGUUUAUCGGCAAUCUGCAAGUACAAGAAGGUAGAAACAUUGGAGCGUGUUUCUUUCACAUUGCCGGAAACUGGUGCCUGGGAAGUGGCUGGGGGAGAUGCAUAUUGUGAAGAUAGCUCCGAUGAUGAGAAGUGUGCUCAAUCCUCUUUGUCGUCUUUGCUGCUAGCAGCUGGGAAGAAGCAGCCCUCCAAGACUACCAAGAACCGUUCUGUGUGGGAACAAGGUGGAUUUGCAGCCGAGAUUGGUGAAGAGAGCAAAUUCCAGAAGAUGAUCCAGGACAAUCCAUCUGUCUUGCAUGAGUUUCUCGCAGUCCGUGGUCGAUUGGUGAAGUUGAAGCAGGAGAACCCAAGUAUGAGGUUCCGUUUGGAGUCCAAUGCUUGUACCAGAGAGACUGUUACCACUUCUACGACGGGUGAGUCUGGAUUGGAGGCACCUGAGAUGUUUUGGGUGGAGCUUGAUAUCUAUGAGGCUCGUUAUGGUCCUGCUCGUCCAGAUGAGAUCGUGUAUGAGGAAGUGGAGCCCGGAAGCGGAGUGAAGAAGCCAGGUGUGAAUGUGCGAACUGGGAUGUCUGGUUGGCAUAAGCGAAUCAACCGCACCUACAAGUCAGUGUCUCGUACUGCUCAGCUCAAUGACCAGGUCAACUUGGAUCCAAAUCGUGACACGGUUGGCAUCAUGCAUGCAGCAGCCCGCAAGGCUGUGUUGAAGCGUCCUGAGAAGAUUGCCAAGGAGAUUCUCUCACUUGAGAAUACAUUAUUUGGAUCAUCAGCAUCGGGAAUUCGCUCAGACAGCUCGAUGCCCGCUCCUGCUACUGCUUCAGUGACAGACCCAGGAACCGCUGCAGCUGAACCAGAGUCAGAAGGUUCUGAAGAUGAACUUCCACCAGUUGGCUUCCAUGACACGCUGAAGUCCUUUGCUGCUUCAGCUCCGAAGGCAUCAGCUGGGAAGGCAAAGGCAAAGCCAAAGGCAGCUCCUACACUGCCAAAGGCAACGGUGACCGCUUCAGCACCAAAGGCAACGGCAAAGGCAACGGCAAAGGCAUCCCUCAAGAGGAAGAACCACGGCCAAGAUCCAUCCAAACCUGAUGCCAAGAAUCAGCGUACCAAUCCUGACAAUAUGGGGGGCAAGAAACGAACAGCCGAUGAGUGUUCCCUUGGUAUGGAUGCAGCUGGGCCAGAUGACAUGAAGGUUUCUAUGGAUGCUGAUGAUGAUUUGCCUGAGGCAGAUCGCGUGACCAUGGAUUUCUUUGAGAAGAAGUUUGCUGGUCUGAAGUAUUUGGAGCCUCCUUUGUCAGAUUCAGCUUUCAAGCAGUACUUGCAGGAUGUUAGCACACAGCUCCGGCAGAUGAAUAUUGAGCUUCGUACAAAGAGGCGAAGUUGCCUAAGGAGAUCUGGUCGUGAGAAUGAUCCAUUGCACAAGGCGCUUGUGGCCUUCAGCGAGAAUGUGGCUUCAUUUCACCAGCUUGUCAAAUGUCUCAAUGGAUCUACGCAGCUUGAGUCGGAAACCAAUCUGCUCGAUUACUUGGACAAGGCAAAGAACCAGUACGAUCUCGAGUUCAAUGGAUCAGUCAUGCGACGCGCUUUGAAGAGUCUGGUGAACGAGAACUUCCGAUUGUCAGCGUGGGAUGCAUUGACAAAAACCACCAAGGCUAUCAUUGAUCGCAGAUUCAUCGUUGAUGACAAAGGUGACAAGAUGACCUCUUCGGAUUUCUACAUGCUUCUCUGUUCCCAGGUAUUUCAGAAGAUGAUUCGCACAGCAUCUGCCAAGUUCAAGACGAAGGUUGGUCCUUGGAUUGAUGAAUCGAUUCGAUCCCUUGACAACGGUGUCUUCAACGGCCCAGAUGUGUCUUCUUGGCACAUGACGAAACAUCUUUGCAACCUGGAGUUCUACAAGCCUAUCAAGACCAUCAUGGAUUUGCUGACGGAUAUCUCCAAAUGUACCAUCUCGAUGCAUGGGGGUCAGAAUGUCCUUCAAUCAAUGCAAACUCAUUUGGCAGCGUUCAAUCCAGCAGUGAAUGCAAUCCAGGUCCGUUCGAUUGCAAACAACUAUGGCAAGGUAGUUUGCGAGUCCAUGCUUGAGCUCCUUGAGGCCAAAACUAUCUUUGAAUCAGAUGCUGAGCGUAAUGCUUGGGGAGCAAAGGUCAAGGAGAAUUGCGAGCAAUGGUCUCUUCAUGUGUCAUGCCUACCAAAGGAAGACGAUGCUCGUGAAUCUAUCCUCUUGAUGUCGGAGUUUGCACAGUCCCUAUGUCUGACAGGCAUGGCACUGCAGAAUCCAAAGCUGCCAUUGGCCGAGAUCUCAAAGAUGUUCAAGAGGUUGGUGGACUACGACAUGGACACCACCCUGAAGAUAGCGAAUACAUUUAAUGAGCUUGCCAAGUCGACUCUUAACAAAGAGAUUGAGGACACAUUGCUUGCCAACUUCACCAGCAGGAUCAUCGACGAUGGAAAUGAGAAAAUGGCAAAGUGGUGGAUCACUCAGGAGACAGAGCUCAAUAACAUGCUCACCGAAGUCAAAUCGAUGAGUUUGCCAGAUGCAUCAUCUUUGUCCUUUCCGGAUGACGGUUCGCCUUGUCCACCUUUGAACCAGAUCCCCGAGCUCAAGGCAGUCUCAGAGAAAGGGAAUGUGAACACUAUGUGCAAGUCAUUGGGAGACCGUCUCAACAGCAUCAAGGCAAUGCUGCCAUUGAAGCCCGAAUCGAUCUGUGUGGACAUCAACAAGCUUGCUAAAGAUGUGAAAAAGGAAAAGACAGAAGACCAGAAGAAGAAGGAAUCGAAGCGAUCGACUACAGAAACAGUGCCGGCAGAGACAUUGCCAGCUGAGACAAUGUUGGGUGAGACAUUGCCAGCUGAGACUGAGACAAUGUUGGCUGAGACAGUGCCGGCAGAGACAUUGCCAGUGGGUGCGUCAUCAGCUGCUACUGAAGUUGAUCUACCUGAACCUAAACCAGAUGUUGCCACCGAUGUCAAUAUGGAGAAGCUCAAGACACCUGAGCCUGAUGAGACUGCCACAGAUGUUACCAAUGUCAAGAUUCCUGAUGAGACUGUGGCUGAAGAGGUAAAGACAAGCACCAUUGUGUUGGCCGUUGCUAAUGCUGCCGCAGCUGGUGAUUCCAUGCAGAUUGACAAGACUCACACGUCAGAAUCGAAAGAAUCCGUACAUGACAAUACCAAGGCCAAGGGGAAUGCAAAAGACAUCUUUGACCUUGACUCCGCUCUCAGCCAAGCCAAGAAUCACAACCUGCUGCCCCAGUUCAUCAAGUACUUUUCUGAGGCAAACGACAUUGGAGAUGCAGAUGCAGAUGAAUCAUGGGUAUUUGGAGAUGAAUCCAAGUCUGAUCCUAUGGAAGACUUGCGUGGUUUCAAUCAAUUUCUCAUCGAACACAAUGAGCUUCCUAUCCCAUACACAUUUGAAGGGAGAACCGAAGGUACCAUCUACCUGAUGCCAGGCGAAACCAUUGACACAGAUCGGCUCAAGUACUUGGUGAAGCAUGCACAGCAACAUCCUAGAUUCAAGGACUUUAUGAAUUUCUCCACCACCCAGCACGACAUCAAUUGGAAGUUUGGUGCCUCCAUGGCGGUUCAGGCCAAGAUCCGUGCUUUGCCAUCCUUGAAGUUGGGCGAUUUCUUCAGCGGUGCAGGUUCCUUUGUAAAGAUCGUUGAGGUGGAGCACAUGUUCCUAUGUGAGUGGAUUCCCUUCAAACAGCGACAUCUUCAAGACCUAGUUGGUGAGGACGCAUCUAGCGUCGCAACAUUCAAAGCGUGCAUUGCUGCAUUGACAGAGUUCGUUCCAGACUUCUUCCUCUUAGAGAAUGUGGACCUGGGGGAUGGGGACGACCCAGAACACUUCAUGCUCGACGACGAUGAUCCAGCAGUCGUGGCUGAGCUCAAUCGUCGGCGUCAAGUUCGGGCAAAGGCUGACGCAAAGCUGUGUCUUGGUGAUGAAAACCAUCCAGAACAUUUUGUGAGGGACCGGGUUGGUAAGUCCAAAACGGAGGAGCCUAAGGCAAAAGCUUCCAAGGAGAAGGAGAAGGAUAGUGACACUGGUAAGUGGCAACUCACUCACCAACAGCUGGCUGAAUCACGCGGUCUUUCGUGGCCUUUGGCAGUUCCGGAUGAGCUUGCAUCCAACAUGUGGUUCAAGACAUUGAGCCAACGUGAACGUGAGAACAUGCUCUUUGUGCUCAACGAGCGAUCAACGCAGAUUGCAACGGGAAAGGAAGUCCCUACGAUCUUACCAUCGACAAAACUCAUGGAUUUGGUUCGCCGCAGGAUUCUCCUUGGACGGGAGUUGAUGCACUUGCAAGGUUUGCAGCUUGGGCGUGAGCUGACAGAGAAGCUCACCGAAUCGCAGAUGGUGGAUUUGGCAGGAAAUGGAUUUGCUGCGACAUCGUGUCUUGCGGUGUUCUUGGCUAUGCUAUUUGAGCUCGACUAUCGCACCCAUAGCGAGUCCGAACAG